UUUUGCGUUGUCCAGUGCAGUUUGGAGACUCGAAUAGAGGAGGUCAUCGAGUGCCACACGACACACAAAAAGAAGGAAGCAAUAAAGCCCUACGACAUGAAGCGCUUGGUAAUCUUUUCGGUCUUUAUGGUGGCCCUAGCCUGGGCUCAGAAAGCCAACUACAAAGGGUAUAAAUUGCUGCGCGUGACUCCCCAAACGACGGAGCAGCUAGCCUAUUUGGUCAAUCUGAGUCUAUCGACGGACACGAAAGGAUGGCCAUCCGAUUUUAAAACGAUAGAUUUCUGGCGCGAUCCCACCACGUUGGCCGAAUCCGUGGACAUCUUUACAGAUAAUGGUGCAUUGCUGGAACGAGAACUACUAUCGAAAGGCAUGCAACCUUCGACGCUUAUGGAUGACGUUCAAAGUUUCCUCGAUAAAAGGCAAGCAGAGAACGCCAAUAGCAUUGCUGCGGGAAGCAGGUUCACUGAGACUUACCACACCUACGAAGAGAUUAUCGGCUACUUGAAUCAGUUGGCCAGCAAUAACUCCAUGGUGAGCGUCAGCACUAUCGGCGUAUCGUACGAGUCUCGCGACAUUGUGACGGCGCGUAUCACCAGCGGCGGGGGCGACACCAAGCCAGCUAUUUAUUUGGAAUGUGGAAUGCAUGCCAGAGAAUGGAUAGCACACUCGACUUGUAUUUGGAUUAUUGACGAGCUCACUACGCUGUACGGCCAAGUUCCGGAGAUUACCGGUUUGCUGGACCGCUUCGACUGGUUCAUCACGCCCGUUUCUAAUCCCGAUGGAUAUGUCCAUUCGUGGUUGAACGACCGGCUUUGGCGGAAGAAUCGAAAAAUAAAUCCCUCAUCUCCCUGCAUUGGUGUGGACACCAAUCGAAACUUCGAUGCCAACUUUGGGGGCGUUGGGAGCUCCGACAGUCCGUGCUCAGAUACAUACGGUGGACCUUCAGCCUUCUCAGAAGCUGAGUCACAAGCCAUGAGAGACAUCCUAUUAAAUCUGCAAGGCCGUGCAAAGGCAGUCGUCUCCAUCCACAAUAACGCACAAGUGUGGAUUUCGCCUUACGGUUACACGACCGAACGUCCUGUCGACUACGCCGAAAUGGAGAGAAUCAUGACGGCAGGUGCAGCGGCCAUUGAAGCAACUUACGGCACUAAGUAUCCAUUCGGUCCAGGCUCUGAAGUUCUUUACUUUACAUCCGGAACGACUAAGGACUAUGUUUAUGGCACUCUGGGCAUCGUCCAUGGCUACACUUUGGAACUGCGGAACACGCCUGAUGGCUUCGUCACGCCGACUACGUUGAUCGCUCCCGUUGCGACCGAAGCCUGGAACGGGAUCAAGGCUAUGGCCAAUGCGAUUGUUUAGUAUUACUAUGGAUCAUUAUCACCACUACGAUGAAAGAAAUAGCAUGUCCAUCAAGUCCAGUGAAGGGGAUGUACAGUAUAUUUUCAAAGAAGUGAAAUAUAAUGCAAAUACAAAUGUAGUUGAGUAACACG